AAAUAGUCCCAAUAGCCCGCCGCGCUACAUUGGUAUCAGAAGUCAAGAUGAAAUUACUAAAACAAAUACUUCACAUCAUUACAUAUUUCCAGCUUUUAACAUAAUUUCCCCCGAAAGGAAGCACAAUAAACUGAGGUUACAGCGUGUUUGUUGCUCUUGUGUGUUUUUCCAUGGCCGCGGCCUGUGUCUGUAUCCAUGUACGGUAUUGAGUCCGCCACCGCUGUAAUAAGUGAGGAAUGAGGCUCGAGUAAACAAGGGCCCCGUCCCAGGCCUGCGGCUCCUCCAGCACCCACACUGUGGUGGCCCAGAGGCCCCCCUGGACGCUCGGGGACCUUCUGACUGUAAGAAAUUUUAAAAAGGUGCAACUUGGACAGCACACAAUAUGUCAUGUUAUGACAACAUCAUUACUUGUAUAAAUAAUCAAUUGACUUGAUUUAAUCAAAACGGCUGUAAUAAAACUAAUGUUUCUUGAAUAAUCCGGCUGUGUUAAACUAUCUCUGCUUGCAUUGUGUUGCCUUAACGUUUCCGUGUGAAGGGAAUAUGCCAGGCUGAACAUCUUUCUAUCGUCCUGUUUUGACGCUUUGAAUCGUGGGUAAUCGCAAGUAAAAUCAAAGUGGGACAAUCAAGGGCGUAACCACGUAUUAUUUGGGGGGGGGGGGUGUCCCUCCCCAAUAAACAGCAGAAAAUAUGUAAAAUAUAUGUUCUCCUGUCAAUGGAUCGGCCUCUUCUUAUGUCUUAUUUAUUUUCAAUUUCUUUCUCGUUUGGUAAGAAAAACAGACCGGGCGCGACAGGCCUCAGGAUCCUCUCUGGACGCGUAAGCUCGCUCCGUAGCGUUUCCUCCUCCUAUGAAAAAUUGCGAGUUUGAUUCUCACAGCGGGGAUGAGAUGUCACAGCCCAGAUACAAAACUGCAGCUUCCCCUAUUUUAUAUUACUUAUGAAGCUUUGUUAUAUUGGACUUUUAUUACCAAGCAGCUAGUAUAAAUCAACCUACACCGAAAGCCUCUUUCUUAAAGGUCCGGUUCAGCUUUUUGCCACGUGUGGUUGAUCUGGAAAAUACAGCCGACUUAACGAGGGCAUGGCCUUCACCGCCAAAGGCCAGGUUUAUUUUUUUCAUUUUUUAUCAUCCACGUGGAGAAAGGUCUCUUUCGAUCGGAUGAUUACGUUGUGUCGUUCGGGAUACUCUGACACAUGCAAGCAAUCACAUUAUAUCCAUGCUUGGUCAUGGUUACACACACAGUGCAGUGUGUGUAGCAUGUCUGCAGUGUGUUCUCUUGAUGGAGAACGUGGGUUGGUCUCUCUGGUGGGAGAUUGUUGAUUAGAUUUAAGUCCUUGUGACGUUUACGGCGGUCGCCACACGAGCGGGGAAGGGGUAGGAGGGCGAAGAUGAAAAACAGGUUCAAGCGAGAGAACAGAGGCCUAUAAGAUGGCGAGCGAACGAGGAGGAGAAGGUCAGGAGGUAUGAGUGCUGGACGUGGAAAUAUAGCAAACACAACUCAGGAGAGGUGUUGUGUAAAUGUGUCCUUUCUGUGGAAGUAAGAAUGGAAUAUAUGGGAUCAGGUGUUGCAUUAGAGACUUGUGAGCUCUGCCCGUGGAGGAGAGGGGCAGGGAACUGUGGAGCACUCGGCUCCCCUUCACCCUGGUUGCGAUGCUGAUGGCAAAUCAGUUCUGCGCUGAUCGUAUCUGACGUGCUGAUGGAGGUAACACCCCAGCCAUUUCGCCGCCACAUCGCGUUGUACAUCCACCCGCCUUGGUCUCCACGUACUUGCUCAUCCCUAAAUAGCAAAAGUGAUAAUUACCAUAAUAACAGAAUCUGGUUGAUUGGGGAUGGUGUCAUCACAGCCUGCCAUCCCAGCCGUGCUUUCGCAUGAGCUUGUAAGUUUUCAUCUGUGGACAGUAACCAUAAGUAACCCACCCCCGCCUUCAUUUGGAGUUGAAUAGAUCAAAAAGCAAUGCUUCAGGGCGGGCGUUCUGUGAUUGACGGGUCUCUGUCUCCCCUCCACGUUCCAAAUAUGGUCACUUCAGUCUAUUGGUUGCAAAAAACCCGAUAUGGUGAUGGAUGUAAUAAAGCCGUAAUAAGUAGAGAUGCUCCGAUCUGAUCGGCGCCGAUCCAGGCGUUCUCAAAACGGCCGAUCAAAUUUGGCCGAUCAGAUGACAUAAAAUCUGCGAGAACUACUAUCAGAGACGUUUCAAUAAAGCGUUAGAGAUAGGCAUUUCAGGCCGCCAAUGGUAAGAAAUUAUUAUUAUUAUUAUUAUUAUUAUUGUCUCUCCAUGUUAUUAAAUGUCAUUGUCCCCCGUCUUCGGUGGCGGGUAGGUGAAACCACUGAGACAAAAUGGCUUUGCCGGUCUGGCAAUAUGACAAGGUGUCGGAAAAAGAUAAUAAAUUUGCAGUUUGCAACGUCUGCUCAAAAGUAGUUCCCCGUGGAGGAACGCGUCAAAGGGGUUUCAACACCACGAACCAAGGAAUUUGAGUAGUUUACGGAGUUGGCGAGUGUUAAGGCAGAUAAAGACAAAGAGCGUGCAACCUCUUCCCAAACGCCACUCACUCAGCUGACCGUAACAGAGACAUUGAAACGACAGCAACCAUACAGCAAUGACAACAAGAGACGAAAGGAAUUAAAUGCAAAGGUAAUGGAAUUCAUAUGCCUUGAUCAGCAGCCGCUGUCUGUUGUGGAAGACGCUGGGUUCAAACGCCUUGUAUCCUGCUUGGAUCCACGCUAUACGCUGCCGGGCCGAAAAUACCUAACUGAUGUUUGUCUGCCGGAAUUAUACCGAAAUGUCUACACGCACAUCGAGAGCCUUAUGAAGGACAAUCAGGGCAGUUAGCUUCACGAGUGACAUUUGGAGUUCGAGUGUCUGUCCUGUGUCUAUGCUGAGCCUAACUGCGCAGUUUAUUAAUGAAGACCAAAGUGGUGCUUCACUCACAAGAGUUUCCCGGAUCGCACACCGCGGAGGCACUUGCUGCAGCUUUCACAGACAUGUUCCAAGCAUGGGGAAUCCCACAAGAAAAGGUGCUCGUUAUUCUGCGGGAUAACGCCAGGAACAUGGAGAAGGCCAUGAGGGACGCGCGUUUACCUAGCCUACCGUGCAUGGCGCACACCCUCCAGCUCGCUGUGCAUGCAAUGAUGUCAUCAAUGAUGACAUCAUUGAUGUCAUCGCAAGUGGAAGACGCAUUGUCGGUCAUUUUAAGCAUUCACAGCUUGCUUACUCCCGACUGUUCAGUAUUCAGAAACAAAUGAAUCCGAACCAGCCUCCAAAGAGGCUACAACAGGACAUUCUCACCCGGUGGAAUAGCACUGUUGCCAUGCUAAAAAGUUUACUGGAACAGAAACGUGCCCUAUGUGCUUAUGCAGCAGACUUUGAAUUGCCUUCCACGUUGACCGUCCAUGAGUGGAAAUUGGUGCAGAAUAUGAUUUCAGUGCUUGACCCUUUUGACGAGCUCACAAAAACGAUAAGUUCAUCAACUGCAGCAGCUGCAGAUGUCAUACCAUCCGUCAGAGCUUUAACUUGUCUUCUUGAGAAAACAACAGAGACUGACCACGGUGUGAAGACAGCGAAAGCCACGCUCCUGGAAGCUGUCAAGAGGAGAUUCAGCGACAUUGAAUCUGAGCGCCUGUACACCAUCGCUACACUCCUUGAUCCACGGUGAGAACAUUUCUGUGUGUGUGUGUGGUAUAUAUGUGUGUGUGUGUGAGAGAGAGAAAGACAUGAUUUAAUAUGGUUAUUUAGCUAUGGCCUAAACAUGAUUGAUAAAAGGGGCUAUGCUGAAGUUAAAGGUAAAAUAUAAUACUGUUGUGUUAUUCUGUAGUGUAGGAUGGUUUGCAUUUCCUCCAAACUCACCUGAAUUUGAUUUUAAAAGCAGUUCAUCUCAACUAUAAAGAAUGGAAAUUGAGGCUAUGCUUUGGGGCCAAGCCCAUGCCUAAUUUAUUCAAGAGGUAAGCAUGAUGACCUACAACAUGUAUUAAAUACAUGAAUUAAUUAAUCUUGCCUUUUGUUUCUCUCAUGAAAAAAGAUAUAAGGACCGAUAUUUCCCCGUCGGACUCAAGCCACAGGUGCGCAGGCUGCUUUCUGAUGUCCUGGCUGCUGCAGCGGAGCAAGAGGAGGAGAAUGCGGUAGUGAGUGAGCCCCCACAGAAGUUUCUGAGCUUCAGGAAGAAGGAAUUAAUGCUAUCAACCUUCCUCUCAGCCCGUCCCACUACGAGCUGGACCCAGAGGACACAAUGCUAGAGGAGAACGAAGUGCGCACCAUGGUGGACCCCAACUCCAAGACCGACCGCAAGCUGCAGGAGCUCAUGAGGGUGCUGAUUGACUGGAUCAACGACGUCCUGGUGGGGGAGAGGAUCAUCGUGAAGGACCUGGCUGAGGACCUGUACGAUGGACAGGUGCUGCAGAAGCUGUUCGAGAAGCUGGAGGGCGAGAAGCUGAACGUGGCCGAGGUGACACAGUCGGAGAUCGCCCAGAAGCAGAAGCUGCAGACUGUGUUGGAGCGCAUCAACGACUCGCUCAAACUGUCCACCAGAAACAUCCGCUGGAACGUCGACUCGGUUCAUACCAAAAGCAUUGUUGCCAUCCUGCACCUCCUGGUGGCGCUGUCACAGCAUUUCAGGGCGCCGAUCAGACUGCCGGACCACGUCUCCAUUCAGGUGGUGGUCGUCCAGAAAAGAGAAGGCAUCCUUCAGUCCAGGCAAAUUCAAGAGGAGAUCACCGGCAACACAGAGGCCUUCUCUGGAAGACAUGAACGCGACGCUUUUGACACUCUGUUUGACCAUGCUCCAGAUAAGCUGAAUGUUGUCAAAAAGACAUUGAUCACGUUUGUGAACAAACACCUGAACAAGCUCAACCUUGAGGUGUCUGAAUUGGACACACAGUUUGCAGACGGCGUUUAUCUGGUAUUGCUGAUGGGGCUGUUGGAGGGAUACUUUGUGCCGCUCUACAACUUUUUUCUCACACCAGAAAAUUUCGAACAAAAGGUCCACAAUGUGUCCAUCUCCUUUGAGCUGAUGCAGGACGGAGGUCUGGAGAGGCCGAAGCCCCGACCAGAAGAUAUAGUGAACUGUGACCUGAAAUCGACACUGCGCGUCCUCUACAACCUCUUCACCAGAUAUAGGAGUGUGGACUGAGCACCAGGUGGCAGGAGGGAACACUCCAUCAUGGAUCACAUGUUGGAGCUUAACAACAUGCGUUUCCUUCCACUUGUUCUAGAUGUUUUUAUCUGAAUGCAUGCAUCACAUUUAGUCCCUGUUGGAUAUUAUACCACGCACUAGUCUCUAUUUUAUUUUGAUUUCUACAGGCACAAUUUUAGUCCUAAGAAGCGUUUAGAACAUUUCUCGACCCAUGUGAUCUUUAUAUCCUGUGUUCAUGACUGAAGAAAAGGUUAAAAUAAAAUAUUUCACAGAGUGAUAUCUAAAUCUAUUUUUUUCCACGUUUAAAACUAAAUCUGGGACUCAUUUUCGGUACACAUAGCUUAAUUGCACCACUACCAAAUAUUGUAAAUAGGACUUUUAAGAAUUUAUGAUGAGUUUUAAUUUACACAACUUGCCAGCACACAAUAUAUGAUAUUUUUCACCUGCUCAUGGGAGAGAAAACCGUUUCAUUGGCCUUUCAGGGCUUCCAUACAUUUGACUUUUGUGACACAAACUGACUUUUUGUUGUAAUUUGGGCAUUGUCGCACAGUCCUGAGAACAUGUAUGAACCAAAUAACACAGCCAAAGGUAAUGUUUAGGGAAGUCUUAGAGGUUAUUCUCUUAUGACUUCUGUCAAUCUACGAUAUCACAAAGAUGAACAAUGUAUCUUUUUAAUCCCUAAAAGAAAAUGUUUAACUGUAUUUAUUAUAAAUUUCUUAAUCACUUUUUUCUUCUAAAAUUCAAUUUUAUUUUUCUUUAUGUAAUUCAUAAGUGCCUUUAUCAAGAUGUGUGAACACAGCUAGCGGCUCUCAAUACGUAAUGUCAGGACACACAUGCUCCCCAGAUGUCUUAACCUGCGAAAUUCCCAUGUGUGGGACAUUAGAAAUAUCUGACCAAAGCUCUGUUGUAUUCACACUGUAUAAAGUCGUAUAAAGGUUUUAUUCCAUUGCCA